CAAAAUGGCGACGAGUGAUGAAGUGCCGGUAGAAAUCAAGCAGAGUCGCGUGUGUACUACGGAGAAUUCGACAUCAGAAAUGGAAUCCAUGGACAUAGCAGCAGAGCCUACUACUGUGAAUAAAAAUGUUAAUGCACAAUCCUGCAGAGAAUCUGUAUCUGUUGAUGAUAUGACAUCAAGGGAUUACUAUUUUGAUUCCUACGCUCAUUAUGGAAUACAUGAAGAAAUGUUAAAGGAUGAAGUACGCACUGUAACUUACCGAAACUCCAUGUAUCAUAAUAAACAUCUCUUCAAAGGGAAGACAGUUCUUGACAUUGGCUGUGGCACGGGUAUUCUCUCCAUGUUUGCAGCUAAAGCUGGUGCAGCCAAAGUCAUUGGUAUCGAAUGCUCUAAUAUUGUUGAAUACGCAGAAAAGAUAGUAGAGGCAAACAAUCUGUCCAACGUUAUAACGAUACUUAAAGGAAAAGUCGAAGAAGUUUCAUUGCCCGAUGGAAUAGAAAAGGUCGAUAUAAUAAUAUCUGAAUGGAUGGGCUACUGUUUGUUCUAUGAAUCGAUGUUGGAUACAGUACUCUUUGCCAGAGACAAAUGGCUUCGUGAAGAUGGUAUGCUCUUCCCUGAUAAAGCGACUCUCUUCAUUUGUGGGAUUGAAGAUAGACAAUAUAAAGACGAGAAGAUUAAUUGGUGGGAUGACGUGUAUGGAUUUGACAUGAGUAGCAUAAGGAAGGUAGCCAUUAGCGAACCGCUAGUGGAUGUUGUCGAUCCAAAACAAGUUGUUACAAAUGCAUGCCUAAUUAAAGAAGUUGAUCUGUACACAGUAACGAAGGCCGAUCUUGAGUUCUCGUCACCGUUUACUCUUCAAGUCCGCAGAAAUGACUAUGUACAAGCUUUAGUUACAUUCUUCAACAUCGAAUUCACAAAGUGCCACAAACGUAUUGGCUUCAGUACCGCACCGGAAGUGCCAUACACACAUUGGAAGCAAACUGUCUUUUAUUUCGACGAGUAUAUGACAGUGAAGAAGGGAGAAGAAAUAUACGGCGUAUUCUCGAUGAGGCCCAAUGCCAGGAAUUACAGAGAUCUGGAUUUCAGCAUUGAGUUAGAUUUUAAAGGGGAGUUGUGCCAAGUACACGAGACUAACAACUAUCGUAUGCGCUGAUAUACAGUGGACUGCGCGUCUCUUUCCACUUUUUUCAUAACUCAUUAAAAAGUCAUUUAAUCAAGCUGAAGUCGAUUUCCUACAGUAUGGAACUAUAAAUUGUCGCGUUUAGACAGCGUGUAUUGACAACAGUAUGUGAGCUGUCAAACUUUAGCAGUUCUUUAAUUUUAAAAGACAUGGAAUGCUUUCUGAUUAGACGUUUAAUAUAAUGACUUUUAUAAAUAUUUUCUUCUGUA